AGUUCCCCACCCUUUUAGACUGCAGUAACAACAGCCAGUUUCUUCAUUACACUUUGGCUAGAUGCUUCUGCUGUCUCAACUGGUACAUGCGCACAUCAUCACUUCAUCAAGUAAAAAUGAUGGGUUUCCAGCUUUUCUUCAGCUUGGCAGUGUUUGCGGUCUACACUGAAGGAACCGUUGCCUACUCUAACGGCAAUGUGAGUAACGUGUGUGGGAGCAUGAUACCUGGACACUACGGCAGUCCCCAGACGUCACCGUCUCCAUACACAGUCUCUGCAAGCAUGUCUUCCUACAGUCCAGGAGACAGAAUUAUGGUAACGCUUGAAGCUCCCGGCAGUUCCCCCGCAUUCCAGGGGUUCAUGUUACAAGCCCGGGUGAAGGGAAAUUUAGACCCAGUGGGCUGCUUCGUAUCCUUCAACUCCUCCCUCUCCCAAACCCUGGACUGCAGCAACAUGACGAAUUCGUCAAUCAGUCACCGAUCAAACAUCCACAAAACACAAGUGAAAGCGACAUGGGAAGCCCCCCGCAAUGCCACACCUGGGGAUAUCAUGUUCUGUGCAACGUUUGUGGAAGACUACACUAUGUUUUGGGUCAACGUGAACAGCCCACUAAUUAAAAUGGCUUCUUCAUCAUUUCAGCUGAAUCUCCCACCCAGUAAAUACAUUCUGCUGGCUGCAACUGGUCUUUUUUUAAACUAUUACUGAUGUGCGUGAAAGCCUACAU